CAGACAUUGCCUCGACUUCCUCUCUCUCCAGGCCCAAUCGAAACCAAAACUAACUGUAUAAUAUCAUAGGGCCUAGAUCUAAAUCUAGUAUGAGUUCUUUUGUUGGCGUCCUCCCAUAGCAAGAUUGAACCAAAAUGAAUGUCAGCAGCUCUAGAAAAAGACAGGUUGAUCUCACCCGUCGUGAUGAGAAAUUAAAAACGCCGAAGUUCAUAUCUCAGUCUAAGAAAAGCGAUUCUUUCGUCGAGGGAUCCAUCGUUCGAAUCAAGUUGACCAAGUUCUUAACUUAUGACUCUGUAGAAAUCAGGCCGGGUCCUCAACUGAACGUUAUCAUUGGCCCAAAUGGAACAGGCAAAUCUGCAAUUGUUUGUGCAAUAUGCUUGGGACUUGCUGGAAAGACAAGCUGGCUGGGAAGAGCCACAGAUCCAAGAGACUACAUUAGACAUGGAGCGGAUAAAGCCAGAAUUGAAAUUGAACUGUUCAAUCCAGUGGCUGAUGCUUCCAAUUACAUCAUUGCUCGUGAGAUCACUUUUACCAAGACAUCAAGCUGGUGGAUGAAUGGACGAGCAACGACACAAAAAGCGGUUGAAGCCACUGUUGCACGCUUGAACAUUCAGGUUGGGAAUCUGUGCCAGUUUCUGCCACAAGAAAAAGUCGCUGACUUUGCCCGCAUGUCUCAACAAGAGCUUUUAGAAAAUACAGAGAAAUCAGUGGGUCAGGAGGGUAUGUACGAAAAACAUGAACAAUUGAAAGGUGCAAGGGAAAAAGCACGCCUCCUGGAGACUGACGUACAGAAGCUGAUGGAGCAGCUGAACCAAGAGAAACAGCGCAACGCCCGCUUGGAGCCGGAUGUCAAGUCAUACAAUGACAGGAAAAACUUUUUGGCCAAAGUAGUGGUGCUGAAAAUGAAAAAGCCAUGGCUGGAAUAUAAUCUUCUCAAAGAACAGCAUGACAGGGCUAGGGAUGAGAAGGACAACAAAUCUCAAGAACUAAAGCAGCAACAGAAGCAAGUGCAACCCUUACAGAAAAGGCAUGACUUAUUGAAAGUAGAGAAAGAGAAAUUGGAAACGGAAACUCGUGAAAAAAGUCAAAGGAUCCGGUCAAAGGCCAAAGAUGUUGAAAACCAUCAAGAGAAUCUAAAUAAUGUUUCUGAUAAGAUUGAAGAAGUGAAGGGAGAAUAUGUUUCGAAACAGAAGGAGGAAGAAUCGAGGAAGAAAAGGUUAAAUGAUCUUCAAGAUCAGUUGAAAGCGCUAGAGAGGGGCCUUUCAGAGAUGGAUGGAUCUGAUGCCCAGCGAAUUGCAGAAAGCCUGAAGAGAACAGAAGUGAAUAUUCGAAAUGUCAACAUGGAAAUGAGCUCAGUCCAAGCUGAAGGAGAAAAUUUGGGGAGAGAAAUCAAAACCUUGAAGGCAGAGACUAGAGAUUUUGAGGCACAAUUGAAACAGAUCAAGGAUGUGAACAAUCGGAGGCUGGAGACUUUAAGGAUUUUGCAUCAGAACACGUAUGAUGCUGUGGUUUGGCUCAGAGCAAACAAAGACAGAUUUAAGAAACCCAUCCAUGAACCCAUGAUAAUAUGCUUGAAUGUGGCUAAUCCUGCUGAUGCAAAGCUGGUAGAAACACACAUCAGCUUCAAUGAUCUAAGGUCUUUCAUCUGUGAGGACUCUGAAGAUUUGGAUGAGUUUAUGAGAGUCAUGAAAACUGAACAAAAGUUGAGGGUAAAUGCUGUGAGGGCACCAGACCAACCUGUUACAAGUUUCAAGCCAAAAUUCCCCAUCACCAAGUACAAAAAGUUUGGCUUCCAGCACUUCAUGCAAGACUUGUUCAAAUGCCCUGAUGCUGUGAUGCGGUACCUGUGUCUUAUGUACAAGGUGCACUCCAUCCCUAUCGGAACAGCAAAUACUGCCAGUCAUUCGGAAAAGAUUAUCAACGAAUGUCCAGAAUUGUUCAAUUUUUAUACUCCUGAUGAGCAGUAUUCAAUCAAAAGAUCAAGAUACACAAAUAAAGUCUCAACAAGAAAUUCUGCUCUAAGAGAUCCAAGAGCACUGGCUGAUUCUGUCAAUGUUGACAGGGAACAAGAAUUGAACGGCUUGAUCGCGGAACAUGGACAAGCACAGAGAAAAAAAGAGGAUGAGUACAAGGUGUUGCAAAAGAAAUUGGAGGAUAUGGAGAAAAGGAUGAAUGAACUUCGAGAAGAAAGGAGGAAUUUGAUGAAACAAAAAGAGCAAAGAAAAAGCAUCGAAAACCAGAUCACCACCAAAAAACAGAGGAUCGUGCAAGUAACAAAUGAGGCCACUGAUCUGAAGGCUGCAGAGAGAAAGCUGCAAGCACAGCUGAAAAAGAUUGUUGCUGAAAAACUCAAACAUCUGGCCAAGAUGAAAGAAGCUUCUAGUGAAUGUAUCGCUGUUGCCAAAGAACGUGUCUUGAGCAGUUUCAAGCUGGAUGGAAACAUCAGAGAAUUUUCCAUCAUAGAAUCUGACUUGAGAAAUGCCAAGCAAAGAUUUGAGGCUUUAGAGAGAGAAGUAGAGGAUUUGAAGCAGCAAGUGAAAGACAUGAAACACCAAGCACGUGAGAAACUGAUGGAAGCCAAGAAAGCUGCUGCCAUAGGCCCCAACGAUGUCUUGGAGGAACAGCUACAGCAGCGUGGCCUAUGGGAAGAAUUCAGCAAUGCCCCGGCCCAGCUGGAUGAGUUGGAUGGAGAAAUCCACAGCAUUCAAGCCAGAGCAGAAUCCAUGUUCCAAGUAGAUGAACAGGUCGUCAGAGAAUACGAAAAAAGGGAGAAGGAGAUCAAGGUGAUGGAAGAAUCACUGAAUCAGAGAGAGUCUCAGCGACAUACUCACCAGGAAGAUGUUUCCAGACUGCGGGAGGAGUGGCUGGGCCCUCUCAAUGAGCUCAUUAAUCGGAUCAACCAGAACUUCUCCUUUUUCUUCUCCAGUCUCCAAUGCUGUGGGGAAGUCAGUUUAAAUGUUCCAGAGAAUCCUGAGGACUAUGAGAAGUAUGGCGUGAGCAUUAAGGUGAAGUUCCGGGAUUAUGAGAACCUGAGAGAGCUGACAGCCCAUCACCAGAGCGGGGGAGAGCGGAGCGUGUCCACUGUACUCUACAUGAUGGCCCUCCAAGAGUUGACGCUAUGCCCGUUCAGAUGUGUCGACGAAAUCAAUCAAGGCAUGGAUCCAAGAAAUGAGAGGAAAAUCUUCCAACUUGUUGUCCAGACCGUGUGCAAAAGGAGCACUUCACAGUAUUUUCUCCUCACGCCUAAGUUGCUCCCAGACUUGGAAUAUGGAGACCACAUGACUGUUCUGUGUGUUUACAAUGGGCCUCAAAUGAUGAACCAUAAAGAGUGGAAUUUAAAAGAAUUUAUUAAGCAAAGACCAAAAGUAGCGGCUUAAGCUCUGUUUGUGUAUGUUGGGUUUUUUCCUUGUUCCUGUUGAGCUACCUCUUCGACUUUCAUGAUUUCAGCAGCUACGUAUGCACUGUAUUCUCGGGGGGGGGGGGGGGGGGGGGGGGAGAGAAUUUGUUGCAAUAUUUCAGUUUUCGGGUUGAUUAAAAAAAGAAAUUAAUUGAAUCAUAACAUUUGCGAGUGUGGGAUGUCACUACUCUCCUGUCCAUUGGCUGCAAUAUAUGUGACUUUUUCUGUACCAGAUUUCUAGAAGUAUCAGAAGGAAACAAACUGUCCACAAGUUGAUUUAUUAGUGGACUGAUGCCUAAGCCCUCUACAAUCAAAGCUCUCUCUCCGGCAUGUUUUGCCUAUUGCUGUUCUGAUAUGGAUUUAUUUGGACAAAAACAUGAUGUUCAAUUGGUACAUAUUUUUAUUUUCAAUGAUGUAAAGAUUUUAUGUAAGUGUAAAUUGAUACAAUUUUUGCAUGCAUGUUCCUGCAAAAUUUCCACCUUUCAAACUUAACCGUAGGCCCUAGGCUGUUGUUAUAAUUGUUUUGGAUGAGUGUGUAAACUUCAUUUUUAUUUUCCCAAACGUUAUAUGAAACACACAUUCUACUUCAUUCUGUUCAGUAUUCCAUGCCGUCAUAUGUGUGAAUCCUUUAUCUUGCCUAGGAAAAUUGAUAGGGACUAAUGACCGGGGGGGAGGGGGGGGGGGGGCAUUUUUCUAGGAUCUAGUUGGUGCACUUCCAUAACAUCUAUGGCUUGUUAUGUUACUUCCUGCAAAUGGUUAAGACCUUUUCUAGCCGCAUGUUUGAACAGAGUUUAGUGUACCCCGCUGUGACUAUCCAUUCAGGUGUUGGAAAAUUUUCAUUAACAACCCCAUUUUUUUCUGAAUUACCUGUGUACUAGUUUUAAUAAUAAUAGUGUUAUAAAUGAAAAAGUGUAAUAGCUAGGAACAUGAAAUGAUAAAUGCAUUUUACCAGCAGGGAGAUACCGGGUAGUCAAAGUUAUAAUUUUUUUUUCUUCUUUUCUU